GACGCUGCGGGCGCUGAGGAGGCCGCCGCCGGGGGCAGGUGCGUGCGCGUGCUGUGCGUCGUCGGGCGCGUGGUGGCUGCUGUGGGGCCGCUGCGGCGCCGACGAUGCGCGCGCGUGGGCGUGGGCGAGGGACGUCGCCGCCCGCGCUUCACUCCGCCUCGCUCGACACCUCACUGCACAGCACCGUUCACCGCUUCGCGCGUCACCCUGCACCGUUCACUGUUCACCGUUCACCGUGCACUUGUUCGCUGGCACCACCGAGCGCCUUCUCGUCGCGAACAACGCUAACACUUCGCAAACAAAAUCUUCGCCGGGGUGUUCUACUACGUGGGUGUUGUUGCGAUAGUACACCGCGAUUGUUGUCAAGAUGUGCGUUCACGGACACAGCUGUACACACUUUGCAAAAUCUUGGUCGGGGCGAUGUCGUGGAUUGUUGCAGUGGAAUUCGAUUGUUGACGGUUCACGUCGAUUGUUGCGCGUGCGACGACUGUUGAUGAUCACGUGUCCAGUGCCGGGGAACUCCCGAGUCAGACUCCUCUCCAGUGGGUCGGACGCUCGUCGCUCGUCGUCGCGCGUCGCACCGUCGUCGCUGCUGCCACUGCCCGCCGCCGACGCUGCUGAUCCGGAGCAGGCCCU